GUGCACACUUCAUGGCUGAUAGCGCAGUUAGUUUUGUGCUGGAAAAUUUGUCUCGGCUUGUGGCACACGAAGCCAAUUUGCUAUGUGGCGUGGAGGACAAAGUGAAGCUCCUUGAGAGUCAGCUCAGAAUGAUGACUGUCUUCCUUAAGAACAGCGACCACAACACACAGAAGAAGGAGAUCGAACAAGAGGUUGUGCGUCAAAUCACAGACAUCGCACAUGAAGCUGAGGAUGUCAUCGACACCUAUGUUGCCAAUGUUGCCCGCCACAAAAGGAGAAGUUGGGUGUCCAAGAUGCUCCACGGUGUAGACCAUGCAAAGCUGCUACACCAUGUGGCAGGGAAAAUAGACAACAUUAAAGUCAGAAUCGACCAGAUUUAUGAGAACAGAAUCAAAUACGACACCCAGGAAGCAGCAGGAUCUUCAAAAGAUCAGGAGUUACAACUACUACACAAGCGAAGAAGGGACGUGGAAGAAGAUGACGUGGUGGGUUUUCAACAAGACACAAUUGAAGUAAUCAAUCUCCUCAAGCAAGGGGGUCUGCAUCGCAAUGUGGUGUCCAUCAUAGGUAUGGGCGGAUUGGGUAAAACUACUCUUGCUCGCAAGAUUUAUAACAGUGAUUAUGUUAAGAAUCGCUUUUAUUGUCGUGCUUGGGUUUAUGUGUCUAAUGACUAUAGACCUAGAGAGCUUUUGCAUACCCUUCUCAAAUGCUUGCUGACAAUCUCUGCAAAUGCAUGUUUUCACAAUUACAAUAGCAGUAGCAAGAAUAAGAAAAAAUCAAAGGGCAAAGGCAAAGUUGAAUAUGAUGAAUUUUAUAAUUUGAGUGAGGAAGAAUUGAGAGACAAAGUAUAUGACUGUUUGAAAGGGAAUAGGUAUCUUAUAGUGUUGGAUGACAUGUGGAAACCCCAACAUUGGGAUGGCUUACAAGAUGCUUUCCCAGAUGAUAAUAAAAGCAGUAGGAUCCUUAUUACCAGUCGUUUGAAAGAGGUGGCUUCUCAUGCCAGCUCAUCCCCUCCUUACUCUCUCCCUUUUCUUAAUGAAGAAGAAAGUUGGGAGCUUUUUUCAAAGAUGGUGUUUCGAGGAGAAUGUGUGCCUUCUGAUCUAGAGUUACUAGGCAAGCAAAUGGCAGAAAGUUGUGGUGGCUUGCCAAUAUCCAUUGUGGUACUUGCAGGAAUUCUAGCAAACAAGGAGAAGUCAUACCGGGAAUGGUCUAAGAUCAUGGGCCAUGUCAACUCAUAUCUCACUCAACCAGAAACACAAGUACAAGAUAUAGUGCUUAAACUUAGUUAUGAUAGCUUGCCUCCAAAAUUAAGGCCGUGCUUUCUAUAUUUUGGUAUGUUUCCUGAAGACUAUGAGAUUCCUGUUAGAAAAUUAAUCCAGCUAUGGGUUGCCGAAGGAUUCAUUCUUCACAGUGAUUUGAGAAUUACAGAGGAUGUUGCAGAGGACUACUUGGUUGAGCUCAUUGAUCGUAGCUUAAUUCAAGUGGGAAGAAGGAGAAGUGAUGGGGGAAUCAAGACAUGUCGCAUCCAUGAUUUGCUAAGAGAACUUUGCAUAUCUGAGAGCAGGGAGGAGAAGGUUUUUGAAGUUUGUAGGGACGUGAACAUUUUGGAGAAAACCAAACCUCGCAGGCUAUCCAUUCAAUGUAAUAUGUCUGAUUAUUUUGCUUCAAGCAACAAAGACCAUUCAGGCACUCGUUCCAUGCUCUGCUUUGAUCGCAACUCUCGCUACAACUUUGGUUCAAGCAAGACAAAAAGGCUUGUGAAAUGGUUUCAACUUGUUCGAGUGUUGGAUCUACGGCUUCCAUUGUUUUGUAAGUUUAAGAUGCCUGCCAACUUAAACAUGUUAGUGCAUAUAAGGUACUUAAGAAUAGACAAGCAACCAAGCCUUUAUCGAGGAUCAGCCAUGAUUCCUGAAUCCAUAUGCAAUCUAUGGAAUCUAGAAACUUUGGACUUGGGGCGUCCUAUACCUGUGACAUCCUUAACCUUCCCUAGUGGAAUGUGGAAGCUUAAGAGACUGAGACAUCUUCAUACGCGUGGACCUGUGAUUUUACCUAAGUUUCCAAAUGUAGAAAAUAAGACCAUGUGGAAUCUACAAACCUUAUCCCGUGUUGCCGUAAACAAAAAAUCAGCCGCUGUGUCUCUAAUAGGAAAAGGUGUUUUCCCAAAGCUUAGGAAACUGGGUUUGUUCUUUUGGGAAGAGGACAAGCAUAAACAAGGAGUUGGCCAAGUGUGGGAAUACCUUCCAAACCUAAAUCAUCUUAAUACAUUGAAGAUAUAUGGCUUUCCUGAUAUUCCGACAUCUGUCAAUGCCUUUCCUUCCAACCUUACCAAGCUAGCAAUCUCAAGGACCAACUUGAAUAGCAAUGUCAUGAGCAUGUUAGGGAGUCUUACCAACCUCAGGAUUUUGAAACUACGUUAUUGUGAGUUUCUAGAAGCCUCAAGGUCUAAGUUAGAGCUCUGUUGCAUUAAUGGGUUUCCCCAACUAGAGGUAUUUCAAAUGACAGGUUUGCGGAAGUUCUAUCACUGGGAAUUCGGUAAAGAUGUAAUGCCAUGUCUCAGACGUUUGGUCAUUGAAGAUUGCUGCAGGUUGGCUGCUCUCCCUGACGAGCUCUGGUCCUUGACUUUCUUACGAGAGGUACAACUAAUAGUGCCCUCUGAAUCGCUGAAGAUGCAGCUCCAAAGUCGACCCAUGAGAGAUGGGUGCAAUCUCAUUAUCUCUGAAGGUUUAUGGAGCCGAAGUGACUCCUGGUGAAAGCCAUGCAGAACCAUGCAUGUCUUGCAUUUUAUAUAUUUCCGUCAUUAUUUACGAAAAAUGAAAAGAACUGUUUGAAGA